AAAAAGCGAAUACAAUAUCAAAGUCAAACAAAACCACUCGAGAAAACACACACCUGGACCACGCAAUUUUAAACCUUGCAGAAUCCUAUCAAAUGGUAUGUUAAUAGCAGGUCACUUGUAACUGUUUGAAACUCAAUCUCCACGCAGGUAGAAGAGUUUAUGAAGUUGUGGCUAUGGAGACCAUGCUCAGUUGUCAAGCCUCAGAAGCAACAUUUGGAGUGGAUCGCAGAAGAUCCAUUUUUUCACUUAGUAGAUUGAGGGCACUUUGGGUACCAAAUAAAAAGCAGCAAGCAUAUCCUCAGGUGUCUCUUUCCAACCUCUCUCACAAUAACAAGGACAUUUCACUUCGUUGCAGAGCAACCCAGGUUGCAGUACCCAAUGCAGCCCCUGCAAAAUCCAUAUCCAAGGUUAAACGACACACAAUAUCUGUGUUUGUGGGGGAUGAAAGUGGGAUGAUUAACCGGAUAGCAGGGGUGUUUGCCAGGAGGGGAUACAACAUCGAGUCAUUGGCAGUUGGGCUGAACAAGGACAAGGCGCUUUUCACCAUUGUUGUUUGUGGUACAGACAGAGUAUUGCAGCAGGUUAUCCAACAGCUUUAUAAGCUUGUCAAUGUCUGGAAGGUAGAGGACCUUUCAAAGGAACCACAAGUAGAGCGAGAAUUAAUGCUUAUGAAAAUUAAUGUUGAUGCCACCCAACGUGCUGAGGUUCUAGGACUCGUGGAUAUCUUCAGAGGCCGAGUGGUUGAUGUAUCUGAGAAUUCAUUAACAAUUGAGGUAACUGGUGAUCCUGGAAAAAUAGUUGCAGUCCAAAGGAUUUUCAGCAAAUUUGGGAUUACAGAAGUUGCAAGAACCGGCAAGAUUGCUCUAAAGCGAGAGAAAAUGGGUGCAAAAAAUCCUUAUUGCAGACUAUCAGAUAUAUCUUCUAUGGAAGCAGAAAGUGAAAAUCUAGAACAGCGUAUUGUUAGAGAGGGCCUUAAAAUUCCAAAAGUGAAUGUUGAUUUAUCAUCUGGAGGUGAUGUUUAUCCAGUGGAGCCUUAUGAUGAUGAUAUUUGGCAGAAUCAAGUUCUUGAUGCACAUUGGGGUGUGUUAGAGGAUGAAGAUUCUUGCGGACUGUCCUCUCACACAUUGUCAAUACUCGUGAAUGAUGCUCCUGGAGUUCUCAAUAUUGUGACUGGUGUUUUUGCUCGUAGAGGCUACAAUAUCCAGAGCCUUGCUGUGGGUAAUACAGAAAAGGAAGGAAUUUCACGAAUAACUACUGUAGUUCCUGGAACAGAUGAUUCCAUUGGGAAGCUGCUUCAACAGUUAUAUAAAAUUGUCGAUAUUCUCAAGGUUGAGGAUAUAACACAUUUGCCAUUUGCAGAAAGAGAAUUAAUGCUUCUCAAGGUUGCUGCAAAUAGCAGUGUGCGUAGAGAUAUCUUAGACAUUGCAAAUAUCUUUCGAGCAAAGCCCGUCGAUAUAUCAGAUCACAGUGUUACACUUGAGCUCACAGGGGACUUGGAGAAAAUGGCUGCAUUGCAGUUGUUACUUGAGCCCCAUGGAAUAUGCGAAGUGGCUAGGACUGGACGAGUUGCGUUGGUUCGGGAGUCAGGUGUAAAUUCCAAGUAUCUAAGAGAUUCCUCACUCCCAUUAUAAUGAUAAAUUGAGGUUUAUCUUUAGUGCUAAUGUAAAUAAAUACUUUGCCUAGUAAUGCAAUAUUGAGUAACCAUUCCGUGGUUUGUUAAGAAUUUUUUCAGCAUGCAGUAUCUUCAUGCAGCAACAUGAACUAGUAAAAUCUUGCAGAUUAGAGUUUGGAUGAGGCUAAACCCUGGAACGUGAACCUUGAAAACUAAUUAGUAAGUUCUGAUGCAUUUGUGCUGAGUUUAUAAGCAACUAUUUUUCAAUCCAGCUAUUAAGUUGACCAGUGAUUGGUGCAGUUCAUUGCUUCAAUUCUAUAGGCCUUUGGUGAUUUUAAAACCCAACUAUUAUAGAGUGGCCAGAAAGAUAAAAAUCAGAGAUUGGCCAUGUUCAUCUAUCCUACGUUUCUAAAAAUGGCGCUCUUCCAUUGCCAUGGUUAUCAUGAAAUAAUGAAUAGACCUAAGAAGAUUACAGU